CAGUUGAACAAGUGGCAUUCUGAAACUAAUAAUCCAGCCUUUGUGAUCUACCUAAGGGGUGGAGCAGUAUUAUGUGAAGGUAAUAAAGCAAAAAGUAAAUUUAUGUGCAUUACAUUAGUAGAAGUUUCAAAGCAAUGUAGAAUGAAUUAUUUUUUGUGUAUACUACAUUAAUAAUAACUAACUUUAUUAUUCCCAAGUACAGUCCAAAGGCAAUUCCUCAGAGCUAUUUUGAGGAAUCAACAAGGUGAGUGAACAUGCAGGGUUCGAAGUUGGUUUAAUCCAGGCUCAAUAAUGCCAUUUCAGAUCAGCCACGUGUCAAUGUCGUGUUUGACGCGGCAGACGUUGUUCCGCAGUCAUAACCUUCAUCGGUUUUCCAGAGCUUGAUAUCACAAAUAACUCCUGUCUGAACCCUGUGUGUUUGAUUGACUUUAUUGUAUUGUGACAAUUUAAUGAAAAGCUUUUUCUUUUGUUCGAAGGUCAGAGGGAACCCACUGAACAUCUGACAGCUCCAUUCUACCAUUUUCUCUUCCCGCUAAGGGAAAAAAUCUCAAGGUAGAAGACUUACGAGCUAUAGCAGCAUCUUGUGUUACAUUAGGAAAGGAAGGUAUAAUCAAUGAAAGUUACAGUUAAUUCUAAAAUACAGUAAAAAUUAACCCGCGUGUGCCUAUUUUGGUUCUAUUUUUGGUAUUGCAUAAAAAUGGACAAUCUUUGAAUAACAGGUUCUUACUUUCUAGGUUUUUACUCGGGUUUUUACUGUGCUUCUAUCAGAGGGGGCGGAUCCAGGACUUUUUUACUGGGGGUGGGUUGUCAAGAAAAGUAAGUGCCCGGACAAAAAUCAUUUCCAAUGACCGUUGACCAUAAAUUUAAUAAUGAUGAGUCAAUUCAGGGGUGUAUACACGAUCUACAAAUUGAAAAAGUACCAAAAUUCGAGAGUUUGUUAUAAAAGUUAAGUUGCAUUAUCAACAAUUACGUGACUAUGCAAAGAAAAUUUAACGGUAAAGGCAAAAAUUAACCACCUUCUUGAUUACAGGUUAUACAAGCCCGAACUGGGGGAAGCCCGAGUAUGACCCACAUGGUGGCCAGAGCACAUACCGUACCUUUCCCCGUCAAGUGGAAGUAAGACACUAUCAUUUUUGCAUCACACUAGCGUGA